GUCAAAAAAAUGUCAAAAUUAACAGUAAAAAAAGUGUGACUAUUACAAAACAUUAUUAAAUAAUGAGAGAAGGUUGAGAUGCCUUCUCCGAAAAGCAGCGUGCACCAGCACACAUCGAAUGCACCGACCGGACAAACUGUCGAACACAAGGAAAAGAAAACCGUUUUAGAAAAUCACGGCUACUAUUUAGGAAAGACGAUAGGAGCUGGCUCUUAUGCGACAGUUCGGUUCGAAUUCGUUUUUAUCGCUUUUAAGCUGGCUCACAGUGAUAUUCACGGUGGUGACGUUGCUGUUAAAAUCGUCAGCAAAUACACGGCCCCUGAGGAUUAUUUAAAGAAAUUUUUGCCGAGGGAAAUUGAAGUUGUGAAAGGAUUAAAACAUCCCAAUUUGAUACGGUUUUUACAAGCUAUUGAGACAACACACAGGGUUUAUAUUUGUAUGGAAUACGCUGCAAAUGGAAGUCUCCUAGACAUUAUUCGUAGAGAUACUUAUAUCGAUGAAACCAGGGCUCGAAAUUGGUUUCGACAGUUAGUUGAUGCAAUAGAUUAUUGCCAUGAAAGAGGUGUCGUUCAUAGAGACAUAAAAUGCGAAAAUUUACUUAUGGACGAUGGGUUUAAUAUUAAAGUAUCCGAUUUUGGAUUUGCACGUGGUCAUUUAAAAAAUAGUAGUGGUCAAAAUGUAUUGAGCGAAACUUUUUGCGGAAGUUAUGCUUAUGCUUCGCCGGAAAUUUUAAAAGGAGUUCCAUAUCAUCCACAAUUUUCCGAUGUUUGGUCAAUGGGGGUAGUUCUCUAUGCAAUGGCUUUUGGUAGACUUCCAUUUGAUGAUACAAACUAUUCUUUACUUCUAAAACAAGUGUCUAAUAAAGUUACCUUUCCCAGAGAACCAAAAGUAACAACGUCUUGUAGAACGUUAAUAUCAAAAAUUUUAGCCCCUUUAAAAGUUCGUUUAAGAGUUUCUGGUAUCCGAAACGAUCCCUGGUAUAACUACGUAGGUGAUAAAGCGGGAAGUAGUAAAGAUCAUGCAACCGACCCCAAAAAGAUUACUUCAGCAAAUCGUGGUAUGAAAGACAAUGAAACCCUCGCAAAAGACUUAACUCGGCUUAUUACCAAAGAACAACAAAUCGAAUUGCAGGGAAAUGUGCAGAAACUUAAACAAAAGAGACAUAGUACAGAUGACCAACAAUAUUCAGUUCAGGAAAAGCAAUCUAGGGACAAAAACAAAAAGAAAUAAUAAUAAAAAUUUUUGGUGUUUUAA